ACACCGGGAGGUACUGUGACCCGCAGUAAAGGUUCCUCCCGAGCAAAAUCCAAAAAGAAUCAACAACAACAGCAACAACAGCAGCAGCAGCAGCAGCAACAGCAGCAACAACAACAGCAAGCGCCUGCUCCGCCGCCUCAACAACAGCCACAAGCAACGCAAUCGCAAAGCACCCAACAACAACAACAGCAGCAACAGCAGCAACAACAACAGCAACAGCAGCAGCAGCAACAACAACAGCAGCAGCAGCAACAACAGCAACAACUGCAGCAGCACCAGCAGCAACUGGCCACGAAUGCUGCGGCGCUGUGGCAGGUUCCUGCGGCGGCCGCAGCAGCCGCUGCCUGUUGGAACAACUACGCCAACUUUCAAACGGCUGGUGUGCUGGCCUUCAAGAUGCCACCGUCUUGCGGGGGUCUCUGCGGUCCGGCCAACAACUGUGAGCUGUGUUCGUUAAAUUCCAACUAAUGCCACAUCCCGCUUCGGGUUCAUGGCUCCGGUUAGGUUGUGUUUCUUUUCCGACUUCACAAACGAUCUUCGUUUGCGAGGUCAUCCUCAGCGGCGGAAUGACGGUUUGACCUGCUCACCGAAGUGACUGUAAGGGUCGCUUCGAUCUGAGCCCUGGACAAUCCAUUGGCCUUCCGCCUUAGUUGAGGAUAGGAUUUUGCUCAAGAAAAUGUCAAUCAAAGGGUUUUUUUUAAAUGAAUAGUUACAUUUUACAUUAAGUUUUAUGUGUGUAAAUUAUAAUAUACAGAAUACGAUAAAGCGCGUCCAUAGUACGAUAGAGUGCAGAGCAGGGUGUGUAGGACUAGGGAUGAGAUAAUAAGGCGUCACGUCGCAAUAUUACCGUACCAUUUAGGCUGAUACGUGAAGCUUGUCCUUAGCAUUUUUAAACGUUAAUACACCGGAGAUGAAAUCAAAAAAUCUGAGUGAAAAGCGUAGAUAUACGCAACAAUUUUUAUUUGCUUGAACAGGUGAGAGUAGCAACAUGAAUAAGAUUACCAGAGAAGACUUGGGGAGUGAACAUAUUAGCGCUAAUAGGCGACUCUGAGGAAUCGUGUCCAGAGCUCCAUGAUAGUGGGUUUGUUGGUCAAACGCACCAAAACGGGCGUUUCUGUUAGUAGAUCACGAGCAACAACGAAACUAGAAAGCUAGAAUGUCUUAUGCCGAAUUAUGAUAAAAGAGAAAACUGUGGACAAAGAAGAACAUCAUGAUCGUACACCUAAAGUGCAUGACUGCAACCGAUGGCGUCAUUUGAUAUGGAAUGAAAAACGAUAUAAGGAGCGCCGGAUCAACGACUGGAGGCUGGUGUUAGUUAGUAGUUAGAUUUUUAAAAAUUUACUUGUAUCAUCAUGUUUUUCAAUAUUUUUUUACUAACAUUCUACAUUUCGGUUGGAACCCAACAACAUUGGAAGCAGUUCAACCAAGAUUCCUGUUUUAGCCAAAUGAUUGCCAAAAUUAUUGCUUAAAUUCGCUAGAAAUAGUGUGAAAUUUCAUGAAUUAUGGACUCUUGGCUCUGCUUUUCUUUUGUCACUCUGUUUCCACCUCUUUACAGUUUAUCACGUGAAAUUGCUUAGAAAGAUGUCGCAAAGCGAAGGCAACAUUAUGUUAUUUUGUUAAUGAUCCAUCUAUUUUGAACCUAAUAAGAUGCAAAUCUCCUGCCGUGUGAUAAAUUGGUGGUACGCAGUGCGACUGCUUUCGAAUAUGCAUUGAAUGUCACCCAAAUGUGUUGGUUCAUCCGAUUUACACGAUUCUUGUUUUCCCCUAGCCUUUCGGUAUAAAAAUUUAAGUUUUAAUAAAUACAUACAGGAAUAACAGGAAUUAGGAACGCAUUCAUUUUCAAAAGAGGACUGCAACAGCUCGAAGGAACGAAGUUGAAACGAAAUAUAAAACAACGUAUACGAAUUGCCGGUGGAGGGCCAUUUUUUACCAACUUUGUACAUAAAAUUGUUAGCCGCGAGGCCUCCGAUUUUAAAUAUAAUUUGGUCUCCGUUGAGCGAUACUGCUCUGCAUCACGUCCAUCGGGCCGAAUCCGUGUCUUGUUGGUGACUCUCGUUUCGUUGUACUCUUUACUCUGAAUAAAACGAAUUUUUAACCA